AUGGUCCGUCUUGAGGAACUCGAAGAUGAACAUUUCAUUAACAAGCCCGACUCUACCUCUGACGGUGCCCUACUAGUCGACGACGACGAAGAUUAUACUGAUACUGAUUCCGAGAUCUCCAGCGACGCAGGCAGUGAACCAGACCUCGACGAGUCCCUCCUUGAUCGACUGAGCGCCCUCCGCGACAUCGUCCCGCCCAAGACACGCGCAAAGAUCUCCAGCGUCACUUCGACACUGUACAAUGCCACCUCCACGACGGUGACCUAUUCCGGCAAGGGCCUGUGGGUGCUCGCGACGAGUAUCCUGUUGCUCGGCAUCCCGUACGCUCUCGCGCUCGGCGAUGAGCAGCAGUUCAUCGAGGAGGAGAAGCAGAGACAGAUGAUGGCCGAAGGUGCGCAGGGGUUGAUUCAGUCCGGCGAGCCUGGACAGGAGCAGGCCAGACCUGCGUUGUAA